AUGUCCCACGAAAAUUUCCAAAAAUGGCUCGACGAAGUGAUGUCAAAGAUCAUCAAGAAUUUUGGAUUGGACAUUGACAGUGUUCGAUACAAGUUAUUAGAAUCUACCGGCAUUUUUAUUUCAUCCAUCGUGUAUCGUAUACAUUUGCAGUUUGAAAAUAAAACAAAUAGACAGAACGAGGAAUUAUUUAUAAUACUAAAAAGACCCAUGCCGAACCUUUACGAGAUAAAUCAUAUUGACCUUCAAUUUCAAAAUGAGAUCUUGUUUUAUCAAAAGUAUACUCGACCGGAUGAAAUCUAUGCGAAAUGCCUUUAUGUCAAAGAACGGCCAUUCGAUUAUGUAAUUGCUUUAGAAAAUGUUAACACACGAGGAUAUUACGCUUGUUCAUGUGUAUACAAUCCUCCAGUGGAAUACACAUUAGCAGCAAUGCGCGAGUUAGGACGAUUUCAUGGCAAAGGAUAUGUUAUGAAGCAAAUGCAGCCGAAAAAGUUCUUCGACAUCGUGGAACAAAUUCAAGAAGUUAGAUACACAAAUAAAUUUAUGGAUAAUAUUUUCAAAUUUUGUUCCAACAUUAAGACAUUACGAGUGGUCGAAUAUCUUCGCAGUCAAAACCAUGAUGCAAUUUUCUGUGAUAAGAUGGAAGCCUGUUUGUCGAAUGCUUUUGAUAAAGUGAUGAUAAAGACGGUGCAACCGCUUGAACCUUUGGCCACAUUGUGUCAUGGUGAUUUUACGUUAAGCAAUAUGCUUUUCAAGACAGAAGACAAUGGACAACUUCACCCAAUGUUAAUUGAUUUCGCGCUUAUUAGAUACUCGAUGCCCGUCGUCGAUCUUUCUACGUAUCUUUAUGUAUGUUGUACAAAUGAAAUAAGGAAAAACAACUUUUCCGAGAUUAUGCGAGCCUAUCACGACGCACUGAAGGAUUAUCUAUUGGACGCUGAUAUUCAAGACAUUGAGAAAUACUCGUACGACGCUUUGUUGAACGAUUUUAAGAGAGGUGCUCUCUUCGGUUUUGUUCUUAUGUGCAUCUUUAUACCAAUAUUACUAGGGCAUCUCAAUCCAGAAUUAAUGAUACAAGAGAUAAUAAAUUUGGGUCCUUUGGAAAGUACAAAAAAACAGAAAUACAUAGGCGGAGACGAAAUAUCCAAAAUACUAGCUGAAGCGUUACUACAUUUGAAAGAUCUUGGCUGCCUGGAACAUGUUUUAUAG